AUGUACCAGGACAGUGGCAGGGAAUGUGGACUAUGACUCGACAGGUGACCCCACCUACUCUUUGCUCUCCCCCAUCUACCACCACGACAGCUAUGAGAGUGAUGAGGACCUGUCUGCAGUUCACCACGCCCAUCAAACAGACACCUCAGCCAAACGGAGUAAAGAUGCCAGACCCCUGACACCCAUCAGAUAUGGCUGGUGUACAAGAGCAGUGCUACCCAACUCGACUCAGCAGACGGUGAACUAAAUUGUUAUUAGAGCCACCUGCUGUUUAGCUAGGGUCGAUCCCCUCAUCAACAAAUAAGGGGAUAGUUCACCCAAAUUACAAAAUGUGACAUUGGUUUCCUUACUCUGUAAGCAGUAUACGGACAAGGUAUGACAGCAAUCCAUUAGGGCCGGGACGAUACCAGUAUCGUGAUACUCGUUAGUAUCGUGGCAAGGAAACAAAACAUGAAGGGGAUAUGAUUUCUUUAGGAAAACAGCCCUAAUGUUGGAAACAAAUAGCAUUAUGUUGUCAUCCAGAGUUACAUGUAUUUAUUUCCCAAGCUAUAGCACACAAUAUUCUCCAUACAGCUGGUUUUUAAAGAACCAAAGAGUAUGAUCUGCUUCGUGUUUUAAUUUUUGCCAUGGAAAGAUGAUCCACCACAGAAGCCCCCAGAGAGGACAGCAGUGACCGAGGCAGAGGAUCCAGAGGCAUCUCUCUCUGCAUGGGAGAGGUGGCUGGUCUGGAAAGCCAAAGAGCAGCGACUCAGAAUAGAAAAAGGAAGCAGAGGAGGUGCACUGCCAUAUAUCUUUUUAGUUUCUUCUUCAGUUCGGCAUCUCUUGUUUGCAUUUGAGUCAGAAUUUGAUCAUUUAGUUGUUGAUAAUUAUUAAUAUUUUCAAUUCCGUAAAUUAGGGCCGCAAAUGUCUCCACAUGGAGCAACUGAGUGUGACUGGGACUGGCAAGUGUUCUUUGUUAGAAGCGCCUACUGAAGGAGCGGAAUGAGGAACAGGAGAGAGAGCAGAAGAAGAAGAAGAUGGUGGUGGAGAAAAGAUCCAGGAGUGGCUGCAGAUGAAGAAAGAACCCCCUUAUUUUCACCCAGUUAUUAACCCAAUCCCAGAGAGGAACCGUGCAGUUUGUGUGCUUUCUGAUGAAUCUGGGCACCUAAAGGUUAGGAGGAAUGUUUGUGUUAUUGUUUGCCAUCUCCAGGAGAGACAGCUGAAUGAGAGCAAGGAGCAGAAGGAGAUGCAGAGGGAGAUUGAAAAGAAAGCAGAGGAGAAGUACAGAGAGUGGUUACGGAGGAAGGACCUGGAGAAAAUACAGUAG